AGAAAAUGAAGCAUCUGAUUCUUCAGCUUCUGCUCAUCUACAUCUAUGCCAUAAAUUCGCGGAAGUAUCGCCGGAUGAAUGAGAUUACAAUUCACAAUCACGCCGAGGCUAAUGUCCGCAUUCGAUGUCAAUCUAUCAAGACUGAUUUCAAGGAUACAUUUCUAGGCCCACUGGAUGAAAUUUCAUUUGAAUUUUAUGAUAUUGAUAGAGGAGAUGCCCAUUUUUGGUGUGACGCCUACGGUCUUUUCGGGUUUUACGAAUCUUUUGAUGUUUUCGGAAGAAGUGCACCAAAUCGGAGAAAUCAAACUUGGUUCCUGCGCAACGACGGACUUUACCUAGAGCACGAAACAAACCGAGCCCGUGAAUGGCAAUGGAUGUACCCUCCACUUGAUUCUUAUGCAAUUGAAAGUAUCGAUCAAGUUGAUGUUUCCCCUCUUCCUGCCUGGGUUCCUUAUUGAUUUUUUAGUUUUUGAAUCUCAUUUUAAAGCUUUAAAAAAUAUAUUUGAAAUAAAUUUUAAAAAAGUUUUUUUCUGCUUGUUUCUUUUUUCAUUUUUCUAUUUAAACUUUUUCAAUUGUUUGCUAUUUCAAAUUGUCGUGAAAUAAAAUCCCCUAAAG